AUGGCCGAGAUGGGUCACGACUUCGUCGACUGGUUUCGAGAGAGGAGAGCGAGAAGUCCAUUGAUUAGGUCCGUUUCAGUUGUAGAAGCUUUAGGGAUCCGGGAUAAGAAACUAUUGAGAUAUGGUUUGCGAGGUGGGAUCGGCGUGUUUGCCGCUGCGGUCUCAGAUGAACUUGAAGAUGAAAGGAUAUCACGCAUUGACUUGGGUAGUAAGGAUUGCAGCUUCCUGAAGGUGUCGUGGACAAUGGAAAGAAGGACAAUGAGUGCCACUCGCAAGGCUACCGGGAAGAAUACAUGGGCCGGAUUGACGUCUCUGACUACCGGUAUCGCGGACCGGUGGUACCGGUGUUUUCCCCAGACGAACUUGUUCUCCUUCUACAUCGUCCUCUCAGUGAUAAGCGCUCAGUACUCAGUGAAGAUAGAUUGCAUACAUAGACCGCCAAGCUCGGUCUCUCAUGUUAGUGGUCUUCUAGCAAAGGCGGCAGAGGAACAGUCUGACAUGUUCUUACCUAUUAUGUUCGGGUGCUAUGAUUUGCGUAAGAAAUUCCUCCUCAAGCAGAACCUGAAAGGCUUAUGCCGUCGGUCGGAUUUUCGACAGCAAGUUUUCUGGAAUAACUCGAGCGCUGUGAAAUGGUUCAUGGGAAAAUCAUCGCAAAUUCGACGGACAAGUCGGACCUCUUCUACGGCUUGGACGGCCAUGAAGAUCUUCAAGGCCACAGAUGAAGGGAUAUGCGCCUUUGAUGGGGAAGGCAUACUUGCAUGA